UUGAGAUUUCCAACGGUUUUUGUAAAUUUAAAUUACUUUUCAGGGUACAAAACUACGAGACAGAGUUGGUAAUCAAGUUGUUAAGCUACGAAAAAUCGGUUUUCUGUCAAAUUCCCUUAGUUUGAUUAACCAAAAGGUAUACUAGUUUACUUUACCAGUAUUAUAUAGUUAAAACAAACCAAAAUGAACCAAAAUAUGGACAAUGUCAUUCAAGACAACGAAUUUGACGAAAACUCUUCAGUUAUCAACGCUGUAUCGAAGCAAGAAGCUGGAAAAUCAGUAAUCAUGUCUAGUAAAAUACCUGUAUCUAUUCCGUAUCGACGUGAUCCAAAGAAGUUCUUGACACCAACAAAAGAUAAUUCAACAAAUUUGCAGAAAACGCCAAGCAAUGAAAAUUGUUCAAAUAAAAAGAUCCAGAAUUCAGGUGAUAAGUUCAAACAUGUUUCGUCUAAAGUAUGCACACAUUGGUCACCAGAAGAGAAGCAACGAAAUGGAUUAAAGACAUUUUUCCAGCGUAAAGAGAAACAUCAAACUUAUGCAGUUCCAUUAUCCCCAGAAAUCAUUCGUCAAGUUUCACGUGUUAAGACUAACCGUCGACAGUCACUUCCAGCACAAAUUACAUUAGAUCCAAUCGGAUUUGCAAUAGAGAGUCUUAAACAAAACCCAAUGAAUUCAUAUUCAUCAUGCAGCAGCAGCAGCAACUCAAGUUUUGUAUCACUUCCAGAAACUUCUACAGACCAAUAAUAAGUUUUGUGAUCAAAACAGCUAAGUUUUUACCAAAUAAUAAUUCCUAAAUCGAUAUAGUUAAAGCUCAAUUUUUAUGGAGAUCCUCA